AUGGCGACCUCACCGAGCCCAGCCUCGUCGGCUGUUCACUCUCCCUCCGUCUCCGUCGAGACCCUCGUCGAGCACCUCCUCGCCGCCAAGCGGUCGCUGGCCUCGGUCAGGCUCGUGCUUCGUGCAAACGACCUGACCACCCAUGCACGGCAGCUCCACGAGGAAUCAGUCAUACUGGGUGCUCAGACUGCCUUCCUCAGGACGGGUGUUGGCGAGCAGAUAAAGCUGCUCGCCAGAGUCACGGGCAGCAUGAACAAGACGUACAAGGCUAGCAGGAGGGAAUUCAACAGCCUGAUCAAGACGCUUGACACAGCAAACGACAAACUGAAGGAUACCAUGGACAUGCUGAGGGGCACGGCCGUGGACCCCGUCUUCAGGCCCGAGGGUGAGGAUCCCAAGAACCUGCUCGACUUUGUCGACGAGACCCAGGUCGACGGUAUUGUCAACGCUCUGAAGGCCAGCCUCGUAGAAUUACAGGCCACACUGACCUCCUUUGAUGGCGACCUCCUCCGCCUCGAGAACGAUAUGCGCACCCUCAAGCAGGCCCUCGAAUCGUCCGCCUCGCCGCCAUCGCCAGGUUCACCAGGUGACUCCGGCCGUCAGCGCCCGAACCUACCGCCCAUCCAUGACCUCCUCCGAUCGCUCACGGAGCAGUCUCACUCCAUGGCCACACACCUGGUCUCGCUCAACCGUCAUUUCGAUAUGUGUGUCACUGCCGUGCGCAUCACCGAGGGUGGUGCAGCCCUGGCGCGGCGGAAGGCGGCCGAGGACAGCGGCGAGGCGGAUCCGGUGUCAAUAUCAGGAGUGAUCGAUCAGCAGGAGACCAACAUUGAUGAUCUCGACCCAGCUGCGAAGUCUGAGAUUGUGCAGGUUGUAAUGCAGGACUCCCCAGAGGUGGACGAGGUCGUGGCAGAUCUGAACGCAGAGAUGCACCAGGUCGAUGUCGACUUCAGUCUGCUCAAACACCAGACGGACCAGAUCCAGUCGGCCCACACGGCCAUCAUGCAGGCCUUCCACAUCAUGGAUGACAUUGGCUCUCGCCUACAGGGAUACAUCGCGGCAGAGGUGGAGUUUAUCAACCGGUGGGAGGUCGAGAAGGAUAGCAUCUUCGCCCGCCUAGAGGAGAUGGAGAACCUGCGCUACUUUUACGACGGCUACGCGAACGCCUACGACAGCCUCAUUCUUGAGGUCAAGAGGAGGCGGGCGGUCGAGACCAAGAUCCAGGGCAUCUGGCGUAAGGCCAAGGAGGCCGUCGACAAGCUGGUCGAAACCGACUGGAAAGACCGCGAAACUUUCCGGUCUGAGGUGGGAGACUACAUCCCAACCGACUUGUGGGUAGGAAUGAGUGGCCCUCUGCGCAAGUGGGAGGUCGUCCGCGCCCAAGUCGACGAGAGCUCAGCCUCGCCAGAAGACGACAAGAUUGCGGAGUACAUGCAAGGGCAGGAUGAGGCUGAGGGUACCACAGCACCAUGAUGGCUUCUAGAUGAUGUUGUGAGGGCACAGAUUCAAUAAGGGCGCGCAAGCGGCGAGAAACGAGAGCGGGGUUUUCUGGUGGUUGGUGUUAUUUACUUGGGCAUAUGGGAUUCAUUUGGCGUUUGGAAACUGGAAAGACUCGGCUGGGCGCAAGGGACGCCUUUCGUUCUCUUCUAUUGUUUGAGCUAUGCAAUUUUCUUCAUCUUUUUUUCUUUUGGGAGGUCGUCAAAUCUUUGGGAAGACAGGCUAUGGUGUUAUUUGGUUUUACUUAUGACACAGACACAUAGGCACACCCACUACAAUGGGGCACCCAAUGAAGCAGGUUCGUUCACACCCUCACAUUCCUGAAUGUGCGAACUCUGACUAUCACACUGAACCAUUGCUUUUUCUAAUAAUAAAAAAAUCAUCACACAUC